CCGACUUAUAAAGAUUGUACGAAGCCGGUAACUGAAACUCAAAAGGCGAGCCAAUAUUCGAUGCAGUUUGAUUUCCUCUCUCAAGACACUUUUAAGAUGACAGAAGCACCUUGGCUUACAAUGAAUUCGAGCACAUACGAGUUUAUGUCAACAAAGGAAAGAACUGCAACGCCAACAACUGAACCUUACGAUAACGAUAAUGGAUGUCCACAAAUCAAUUGUACCACCAUUGAGUACAUGGCGUAUGUUCUUGGCCCACAGACGCUACCACUUCAUAAGGCGAUAAUGGUAAGCAUCAUUUUCGGCGCAAUAUUCAUAACUGGAGUAUUGGGAAAUUUCUUAGUCUGUAUGGUAAUAAUACGGCAUUCGGCCAUGCACACGGCAACUAACUAUUACCUCUUCAGUCUGGCUGUAUCGGAUCUGAUCUAUUUACUCCUAGGAUUGCCAGCGGAAGUAUUUCUUUAUUGGCAUCAGUAUCCAUAUUUGUUUGGAUUGCCAUUUUGUAAGCUGCGAGCGUUCAUUUCAGAAGCGUGCACAUAUGUAUCGGUAUUUACAAUUGUGGCCUUUUCCAUGGAGCGAUUCCUGGCGAUUUGCCAUCCCCUACAUGUAUACAAAAUGUCAGGUCUUGAGAGGGCAGUUAAACUCAUAACAGCCUUAUGGAUUUUGAGUUUUGUUGGUGCCCUACCAAUGUGUGUGAAAUCUAAUAUUCAAUAUCUGGAUUAUCCACUUGAUGGAACUAAAAUACAGGAUUCGGCAGUUUGCUCCAUCGAUUUGGAUUUUCCGGAAAAGUACCCAAUAUUUGAGCUAUCAUUUUGUAUCUUUUUCAUUAUACCCAUGAUACUCAUCAUAUUGUUAUAUGGUUGUAUGGGAGCUAAAAUUCGAGCCAGAGCCACAGAAGUACUGGGAGUUCAGCAGGGUUCAAGGAAUCGAGAAGCACGAAAUUCUCAGAAGAAAAAAAAAGCUGUCAUAAGAAUGUUGGCUGCUGUUGUUAUAACAUUUUUUAUCUGUUGGUUUCCGUUUCACUUACAAAGAUUGUGGUUCUUAUAUGCUAAAACAUCUCGCAAUUAUUACUCCGUAAACGAAUGGUUAUUUUCUAUAGCGGGAUUUUCGUACUAUGUAACAUGCACGAUAAAUCCGAUUUUAUAUAAUGUUAUGUCAAAGCGAUACCGGGUUGCCUUUAAGGAGAUACUUUGCGGCAAGAAGGUCGGGGCAUUUUAUAACAAUGGAUUUUCGAGAGAUCAAUCAAGUUUCAUAAAGGACCAACGAAGUUUUCGACAUUCUAGUAUUGCUACCACCAAUUUAGGUGCUGAUACUCAAUACAGUCGAGUGCAUUCUGUAAAACACAGUGACUGAAUUUCCCGUACUUAGUACAACAAACAUUGUUAUCGUUCUUGGGGAUAACUCAAGUGGUUAUCAAAAAAAGAUAAUUACAGAGAAACCAGAAGACCUAAGUAGAAGAAAAGACGAAAAAUAAUUUUUUAAAUAUUUAUAGAUUGUAGUGCUGAAUAAUAACCCUUAUUUAAAACGUAUAUUGCGCUAAAACUAAAUAGCU